UCUCGAACCACACCGUUGAUAGGAUGGCCGGUCGCGAACCAUCGCUGGUGAACGUGGUGCUGUGUACCGUGGUUCUGCUCUACUGUACCGGUAGGUUCAGCACGCCGAAUUACGUUGAAGGUGCGAACAUUCUGUGUCUGUUUGCCGUGCCGAGCCCAAGCCAUCAUAUCUGGAACCGGGUUCUGGUGGAUGCGCUCGCUGCCAAAGGGCACAACCUAACGAUAGUGUCACCGGAUGUGGAGAAGAAAGUGAAGCCAAACAUUACCUACAUCCAUCUGGAGAAAACUUACGAUGCAAUUCAUGAGGGAGCGACAGCCAUCGAUUUCUACGAGAUGGCUCAAUCGGGAGUGGUGGAGAGUAUGAUCAUUUUCUACGAUUAUGCCAUCUCGAUGUGUACUGGAAUACUGAACUCUGAGGGCUAUCGGACGAUUUCCAACUAUCCCGACGAUUACAAGUUCGAUUUAGUCGUCUAUGAUUACACGUGUGGACCGUGUUUGAUGGCGCUGUACGUAAAGUUUGGUCAACCACCGUUGGUGGGAGUGACCGCUUUCAACAUACCACCCUACACGACCGAUCUCAUUGGGGGCCACAAGUACUACGCGUACGUGCCCUACUAUACGCUGGAUUAUGAUAGCAAGAUGAGCUUCAUCGAGCGCUUCAAUAACGCCAUCAUCCACUGGAUCGAUGACUAUUACCGCAACUAUGUGUUUUUGCCACGAACGGAUCGAAUGGUACGGGAGCGAUUGACAAACUCCACCUUCCCGUACCUUGGGGCACUCGAUCAAAAGAUGAUGCUUAUGCUGGUCAAUUCACACCAUUCGGUUGACUUCCCGGAACCGAUUCCAAAGAACAUGGUGGAGGUUGGUGGACUGCAGAUCAUUCCACCUAAACCACUACCGAACGAUCUAGAAACGUUCAUACAAGCCGGCAAGAAGGGCUCGGUUCUCUUCUCACUGGGCACCAACGUGCUCAGCAAAGAUUUGGGAGAAGAUCGUAUCCGAUCGUUGCUUCAAGCGUUCCGCCAGAUGCCGGCCUACAAUUUCAUAUGGAAGUUCGAAACCGAUCUGCCCUUCGAGCUACCGGCAAACGUUUUGAUCAAAAAGUUUGUGCCCCAGAACGACAUUUUGGCACAUCCGCAUAUUAAAGGCUUCAUGACGCACGGUGGCCUGUUGAGCACGCAUGAGGCGACCUGGCACGGUGUUCCGAUGAUUGGUAUCCCGGUCAUAGCGGAUCAAUAUCGGAAUCUCGGUAAAUCGGUGCGUGCCGGUGUAGCGGAAAAGAUAGAUUUAUGGGAUCUUAGCGCAGAGAAGGUACGGAACACGGUGCUGAAGGUGCUGGAAACGCCCAAGUACCGGCAAGCGAUGAAAGUGCGUUCCAGCCUUUUCCGUGAUCAGGAAACACCGCCACUGGAGCGGGCCAUUUGGUGGAUUGAAUGGGCGCUGCGACAUCCGAAUGCGAAAACCAUUCAAUCGCCAACACUACAGCUGGGACCCUGGCGGAGUGAGCUGUACGAUGUGAAGCUGUGCUUAGUGCUCGCCCUGCUUGCGAUCGUUUGGAUGUUAAAGAAACUCAUCGGUGAUCUUUACUCGAAACUAUCAACACCAAAGCCACCCAAAAGGAAAGUGAAAUACCCCAGCCAUCACAUAUGGAACCGCGUGUGGAUCGAGGCACUCGCAGCCCGGGGACACAAUUUAACUGUCGUUUCGGCGGACGUGGAACGCAAGCAGACAGCGAACAUAACGUACAUCCAUCUGGAACAUGCUUACUCGGAUCUGCACGAUGAGCUCGAUCUGUUCCAAAUGGCCAAUCGGGGUGCUUUGCUUGGCAUUCGCGAUCUGUACACUUGGGGUACGGCCAUGUGUAAGGGUGUGCUGCGCUCGAACGGAUUGCGUACGAUCCGCUCGUAUCCUGACGACUUUCAGUUCGAUCUUGUCAUUGCCGAUAUUACCUGUGGACCCUGCCUCUUCCCGCUCAUACACCGCUUCGGUUACCCACCGCUGAUUGCCGUGACUGCCUACAACAAUCCACAGUUUACGACGGAUUUCAUCGGUGGCCACAAGCACUACGCGUAUGUGCCGUUCUUUACGGUUAACUACGACUCGGAUAUGCACAUUGGCCAACGGUUCUACAACUGGUUGCUACAUAACGUCGAUCACCUAUAUCGACAUUCUGUUUUUCUGCCAAAGAUAGAGCGCAUGGUGCGGAAUCACUUCCGGUACGAUGGCAUGCGGCCGCUGGGGGAGAUGGAGCGCAACACUACACUGUUGCUGGCCAACUUUCAUUACUCGGUCGAUUUCGCUGAAUCCAUCCCACCGAACCACAUACCGGUCGGUGGAUUACAGAUACUCCCCGUUGAACCCCUGCCCACCGAGCUAAAGGACUUCAUUGCUAGUGGCCCCGCGGGAACGAUCCUGUUCUCGCUCGGUACAAACGUUCGCAGUGCCGAUCUGGGCGAGGAUCGCAUUCACAUGUUUCUGGAAGCGUUCGAGCAACUGCCACAGUUUCAUUUUGUCUGGAAAUUUGAAGAGAGACCCAAUUUUCACAUUCCCACCAACGUGCUGAUAAGACCAUUUCUGCCACAAAGUGAUGUUCUAGCUCAGGCGAACGUAAAAGCCUUCAUCACCCACGGUGGAAUGCUUAGCACACAUGAAGCGACCUGGCACGGUGUUCCGAUGAUCGGCAUUCCCUUCAUAUGCGAUCAGUACCGAAAUCUGCACAAAUCAGUAACAGCCGGUGUAGCGCUCCGGUUGGAUCGAGAUUCGUUGUCAAGCGAGAAGAUAAGACAAGCUGUCCUUGAGCUGACAGGGAAUGCCAGCUACGGAGAUAAGAUGCGCCAGAGAUCAUCGCUGCUUCGCGAUCAACCGGAGCAUCCGCUGGCCCGUGCCGUCUGGUGGAUGGAGUGGACACUACGUCACCCGAACGCAGCCGCCAUCCAGUCACCCACCAAGCGCAUGUCGCUGUGGCAGGCGGAACUGUACGAUGUGAAGCUGCUACUAAUUCUAACCAUCGCACUGAUAGCGUAUCAAGCGAAACGCGUAUUUGCAAGGUACACACGGCAGCCGGUCGUCCAGGGGGACCAGAUGGUGGCCACUGAGAUUGUUCUCGUUGAAGCAACGAUGAGUGCGAAAGUGUUGGCGGUCGUGCUGCUGGUGGUCGCGCACGUGGCCUUUGCGGCCGGUGCAAACAUUCUCUGCAUCAUGACCGUUCCUAGUCCAAGCCAUCACAUUUGGAACCGUGUCGUCAUGGAGGAGCUGGUAAACCGGGGCCACAACGUUACGGUUGUAUCGCAGGAUGUCGAUAAAUCGCGCCCAAAUCUCACCUACAUUCUACUGGAGCAAGUGUACUCCACAAUCUACCAAGAUGCGGGAUUGGAAAUAGUAGAGAUGGCAGAGGAAACACCCUUCCAGAUGGUGUUCACAUUUCAACACUUUUAUCUAGAUUCCUGCCGUGGUGCACUCAAGUCCGAAGGACUGAAAGUGAUUGAAAACUAUCCCGAUAGUUUCCGCUUUGAUCUGGUUUUGUAUGACUUUGGUUGUGGGCCAUGCCUCUUGCCGCUGCUGCAUAAAUUCAACUAUCCACCGCUGGUGAGCAUGACACCGUUUAGUAAUCCACCGUAUUCGGUCGAUGUUGUUGGGGGACACAAGCAGUACGCAUACGCGCCGCACUUUUCGCUGCCCUACGGACUGAACAUGAGCUUCUGGGAGAGGACACUCAAUACGUUCUUGUGUCUCUUUGAGAAGGGUGUACGAAAGUUUAGCACCAUGCCCCAGCUGGAUUCGAUUGUACGGGAACAUUUCCCUUACAAGAAUAUGCCCUACAUCGAGGAACUGGAACAACGGACCGUGGUCAUGCUGGUGAACACUAAUCCAUCUUUCGAUGCACUGGAACCAUUGCCCCCGAAUGUGGUGGCCGUGGGUGGUGCACACAUCAAGGAACCUCCACCCUUGCCGAAGGACCUGGAGCAGUUCGUUCAGGGUGCCAAGAAGGGAGUGGUGCUGUUCUCUCUCGGUUCCAACGUGCGUUCCGACAUGAUCGGGGAGCAGCGGCAGCGCAUGUUCAUCGAGGCGUUCCGCCAGAUGCCGGAUUAUCAUUUCUUGUGGAAGUUCGAGUCCGAGCUGGAGCUUCGUUUGCCACCCAACGUUAUCAUUAGACCGUGGUUGCCGCAACACAGUAUACUAAAUCACCCCAAAACCCGUGCCUUCAUUACUCAUUCCGGUGGGUUGAGCACUCAGGAAGCAUCUUGGUUCGGUGUUCCGCUGAUCGGGAUGCCCUUCUUUAUGGAUCAACACCGGAAUCUCAAACGAUCGCUGAUUGCUGGUGUCGCGGAAGGUCUAAACUUUCACUCGCUAACAACCGAAAAGAUCACCCAAACCGUCCGGAAGGUCCUGGAAACGCCCUCCUAUCGGGAGAACAUGCAACAGCGGGCAAAGUAUUUCCGAGAUCAACCGGAACCUCCGCUCGACCGAGCGAUCUGGUGGAUCGAGUUCGUUCUACGCCAUCCGACCGUGAAACAUCUGCGGUCGCCCACGCUGGAACUGGGAGUCGUUCGGUCAAAUUUACUCGACGUGUACGCGUUCUUUGCUGCCAUCUUUUUGGUGGGCCUGUGGCUCAUCCGUUCGAUUGUUCAAAAGGUUCUCUUCCGUCGCAAGUCUUCGGUAUCGAAACGAAAACGUGAAUAAUCGGUCGAAAUGGUCGCCAAAGCCUUGAAUGAAAUAAACCGAAAGGGGCGAUGUAACGA